AUGAGACUACUGAAGUAUCCUUUAGAUAUCCAAGAAGAAAAAGUAAAUGCCUUGGCUGCCCUUGGUCCCUAUAUUAUUUUGGCAGGCAGUGAUGGUCACGUGAUGGCGUGGAAACAACAGCAAUUAGUCGAUACUGCCUUUGAUAAAGUUAUGAUUAGGGAUUUAAAGCCUGAAAUUUCUUUUCAAGUGGACCGGGAUUCUGCCGGUGAUAUAUUCUUUUUGGCAGGGGAUCUCGAAACGUUAUAUAUUGGGUCUGAACAUCGUUUGUGGGGUUAUUCCGGUUGGCUUUGUAAAGACACCAAUAGCAUAAAUCCUGUCGAAAAAAUGGAGUGUAAGCUCAUAUUCAAGUGUACAUCUCCAAGCACCAUAACAGACGUGAAAUACGACAUAAAUUUAGGUAUUAUAUUUGUUCUUCUAAGUAAUGGAAACAAGGUACUCUUGUUUCACCAUAAAAGCUUCAAUAAGCUAUCGGAAAUACCCAUGAAGGCGAGCAAACCUGUUACGGGCAUAACAGAUCCUGCUGGCCAAACAUUUACCAUAAUGACUGCCGAUAGGUCAAUUUUAGUCUAUCAAGUCAACCGGACUGGUACACACAAACUCAUAAAUAAACUGACACAACAUGUACAAAUGUACCCGUUACAUUAUAAAAUUUCAAUGUCACCUCAGGCUGAUAUUUUACCAGUAAUAAAUUCGGUGAAAGGUGUACCAAAUAAUGCCACCAGUUGUACUACCUUACUUGAUAGGAAUAACAACUACAAGGUUACAAAAACUUUAGUAACACCCUCUUCAAAUGGUUGCAAAGUCCUUGUCUAUUCACCAGCAUACUAUGAAAAGCCUAAUAAAAAAAAAGGUACAAACACACGUUAUGACUUAAUAGCCACUUCAGGAUCUACAGACGGUACCGUUUCAGUAUGGAACACGAAAAGAAUGAAACCUCUGUUUAAUGCAUUGCAAGUUUCAUCUACAGCAAUAAAUGAUAUGUCUUGGUCGCAAGAUGGGUUUACUUUAUUUGCUAUUUCAAACGAUACAACAUUGUAUACGUUCGCAUUUCAAGAGAAGGAUUUAGGUGUGGCGCUACCUCAAGAGGAAAUAAAACUAUUGCAAGAAUUAAACAAAAAGCAUCCAAAGCUUGAAGAACCAGUACUAGAACAGGUACCCAAGGAUUUUUCAGAAAAUAUCAAAAUUGAAGAAUCUUCGAGCACAGCUUCUAUUCCAAGCGAUCCUAGUAAGCCAUUAUUAGGGAAGAAACUGUUAAAAAAGAAAACACCUAAGAAUCAGAGUAAUGGCAUUAAAUCCAUCCAAAGCACAACAAUGGAAUUCAACACUCCAUCAUAUACUGUUCCUAGGGACUUGAAAAGGAAACCGAAAGAGGUAACUCCGAAUAACACUUCAAACAACGUCCCCAGCAGCAAGAAACAAAAGAAAGAAUUACAACCAAUUGACUUUUUAGAUACCGGUCUUCUUCUUCCUAAUACUUCUUUUUCGAGAGUGAGGCUUGCAACACCUAAAAUCAGAUCUACAUUUAAGUACUCUCCGACUAAUAGCCCAAACUUAAUUCUCGAGGUCAAAAAUGGCUCUGGCAAUGAGCAAAGGCCAACGAUUGUGAAACUUACCUCAAAGGUACUCGAUCAAGACCAAGUUCUGUUUCAAGAUUUUAUUCCGAGGUUGAUAACAAUCUGUACCGCAGGUGACACUUUUUGGUCCUUCUGUAGUGAAGAUGGAUGUAUUUACAUAUACUCUGAUUCGGGUAGAAAAUUAAUGGCACCUCUAAUAUUAGGCGUUGGUAUUAGUUUUCUUGAAGCAUGCGGAACGUAUUUACUCUGUCUAACGAGCAUAGGGGAGCUGUAUUGUUGGGACAUAGAACGGAAGAGAUUAGCAUUCCCCAUCAAUACUAUUUACCCGCUGUUAAACCCGACAUUGCGUUACUCUGAUGAUAUAUUGACUAGAGCUGAAAAUAUAACGCUGUGUUCGAUUACCAAAAAGGGUGUGCCAUUGGUUACACUGAGUAAUGGCGACGGUUAUUUGUUCGAUAAGGACAUGGAAACAUGGCUUUUGGUAAGCGAUGGAUGGUGGGCCUAUGGUUCUCAAUACUGGGAUACGACUAAUACUACGGGUCUGUCAUCCAGUAAAGCGAGUGCAGAUGCUUUUAAUAGUAAUGAAGCCAACAUAAACGAAAUGGUUAGCGACAUUAAAAAUGAUAAUCAAAGCAUCAUUAAUUUUUUGGAACGCAAGACGAAUGAUGAACUUAAUAGGAAGGGUAGGAUUAAGAAUUUACAAAGGUUUGCUAGAACAAUUCUAAUGAAGGAAGGGUUUGAGAAUAUGGAAGAGAUUGUUACUUUAUCUCAUUUGGAAAACAAAAUACUAGCAAGCAUCAGAUUGGAAGAAUUUGAAGAAUUUUCCAAAUUAAUGAUGGUUUACUGCAUCCGUCUGAGUGAAUUGGGGUAUAUAGAUCGUCUAGAUGAUGUUUUCCAAUGGUUAUAUAAUGAUGUCUCCGUCAGUAGUGUCGACCCAAAAUUUGUCGAAAAAGAUUUCAGGAGGAAUCUUUUGAAGAAAAUAUUAAUUGCGUGCGGUGAUAUCAGACAGGUUCAAAGAGUUACUACACGUUAUGCCAGGGAAAUGAAUAUAAUAUCUUGA